AUGUCAACGCUAGCAUGUGAGUCUGGGACUCUGGUGGCGUCUGCUCUCGAGCGAGGCCAUGUUGCAUUUUCGAGUGUAAGUGUGCAAGGUUGGAGGAAGAGGCAACUACAAAUGGCGUUCAGAUUGGCCGGUUUCAAUCGACCGGCCACAAACGCAUACUGCGCAACAUCCGCUCUUCCAAACCGACCGCACAAGCAGAAGAUCCCAUACCAGCCGCACUUGGACAAAGGGUCAUCUUCCACAUAUGAGAUCGAUGUCAGUGCCAAUUUCUAA